UUACAAGCGCCCUUGAACCCUUUGAAUUUCAAAGGUUCCUCUUCACCACUGUACCACGGGCCUCUCUCUCUCUCUGAAUUACGAUUGCUGCACAGGGAGGAGGUCCGGGGGAGUUUUGUACUUCACAAAUCGGCGGGCACUUAUCUCUGGGACGAAGAAAAUAGUUAAAGCUACAGGCAUUUGAUUCAUCCAUUGCUAGCUACCAGUUGAUUUCAAAUUGGUAUAGUAACAUUUCAACCAGGAGAAGAUGCCAGAAAUUCAAUUGGGAACUCACACGUUGAAAUCUCAUGGACUCAAAGUGGCAAAUGUGCACAAGUAUGACUGGAUGAUUCUUCUAGUUCUUGGGGCGAUCGAUAUUACUUUGAAUGUCAUCGAGCCUUUUCACCGGUUUCUUAAUCAAGAUAUGAUGACUGAUUUGAAGUACCCCCUUCAGCUAGACACUGUACCAAUGUGGUGUGUUCCGAUUUACGCUGUAUUCUUGCCGGUUGGUAUCUUUUUUGCGUUCUACUUCGUCAGAAAGGAUAUUUAUGACUUGCACCAUGCUAUGUUGGGUCUUGCAUAUUCAAUUUUGAUAACUCUGGUUAUCACCGACUCAAUUAAAGAUGCUGUUGGUCGCCCCCGUCCCGACUUCUUCUAUCGGUGUUUUCCUGAUGGACAAGAGGCAUAUGAUGCGUACUAUGGUGAUGUUUUAUGUACUGGAGAUAAGGAUGCUAUAAGGGAAGGAUAUAAAAGCUUUCCUAGUGGCCAUUCUUCAGUGUCAUUUGCAGGCCUCGGUUUUCUUGCGUGGUACUUGGCUGGAAAGAUCAAAGCAUUUGAUCGUCGAGGCCAUGCUGCAAAGCUGUGCAUUGUGAUUUUUCCACUACUUUGUGCUGCUCUGGUAGCAGUCUCGCGGGUGGAUGACUACUGGCAUCAUUGGGCAGACGUCUUCACUGGUAGUCUUAUAGGAAUUGUCAUAGCAUCAGUUUGUUACUUGCAGUCCUUCCCUUUUCCAAACCAGGAAAAUGGGUGGGCACCUCAUGUAUAUUUUCGAGUGAUGGCUGCACAGCUGAGUGAUGCCUCGGCGACAAGGCUUAACAAUCUCAAUAUGCGAAGACCAGACGUUGAAGCUCCAGUUGAUUUCAGUCCACCAGCUUGAUGCUUCCAUGCACAUGGAAGCUGUGAGAAGAUAUUACACUAGUAUAGAAUUCAUAUGAUCCAAGGCAUUUGCAGCAUUCAAGAUUCAGAUGAGGAGGUCCCGGAGGAGGAGACGUUAUCGUAGGCUAGGAAGUGUGGUUAUUACUGAGGAAAAUGCAGCAGCAGGAGGGAGAGGGACUCUAAAGUUUUGGAAAAUUAGAGUGACCCCGAAACUGCGGCUCAAGGUUACAACAUCAUCGAUGGCUGUUCUGAGGAGGCUUAGGAAUGCUUAUGUGGGAAUGAUGCUUUGUUUUGCUGGCCGUGUUGCUCAGUUGAAUUCAUGGUAGUUUCCACUUGUUUCAGAAGACAUGUUCCACAGUUCUUUGCUUCACAGCAACUGAUGAUCAAGGUUGGUUGGCUUAUCAAUUUCUUAGAACUGAGCUGAGGAACAAUUUGUAACCUUUUGUAUGUGUAUGAAUGAACCCAUUUUCCUAGAACGGAUCCUAUGUAACAAUUUUUAUCCAUAACUAGGAUUGAAGUUUUUAAGUA